GCACGUGAUCUAUCCAAACUAGUCAGACUGGCUGACAUUUUUAAGGCGGCCGCGCAAGUGGAUUUGGCUUUCCAUUUUACCCCCAAAUACAUAGUAAAAUUCAUGUCAACUCCAAGUCGAAGACGUCUUAUGAGAGAUUUCAAGAGGCUCCAAAAGGAUCCGCCUGCUGGAAUCUCUGGUGCCCCAUGCCCAGAUAACAUUAUGCUAUGGAAUGCAGUUAUCUUUGGUCCUGCGGAAACUCCCUUUGAAGAUGGAACUUUCAAGCUUGUCCUUCAGUUCGACGAAACUUAUCCCAAUAAGCCCCCUUCAGUCAAAUUCGUCAGCAAAAUGUUUCAUCCGAACGUUUACGCCAAUGGAGAACUUUGCCUUGACAUUCUUCAGAACAGAUGGAGCCCAACCUACGAUGUUGCAGCCAUUCUAACCAGUAUUCAAUCGCUACUUCACGAUCCCAAUCCUAACUCUCCUGCCAAUGCAGAGGCUGCUAAUUUGUACAGGGAGAAUCGCAAAGAAUAUGUCAGACGGGUUAGGGAAAUUGUCGAAACAUCAUGGGAAUAGACGUUACUGGGAGGUCUUCUUUU